AUUUUUCAUUGGCGUUGGAUGAAACUUGUGAUUUGACGAGUAUGUCACAGCUAGCCAUCUUCGUGAGGUGUGUUGAUGAAAAUUUUAAUGUAUUUCAAGAUUUAUUAGAGCUCAGCCAGUUGGAAACUACAAGUACCGGAAGAGACAUAUUUAUGAAAAUCAAGGAAUGUGUCGACAGAAAAGGAAGCUUUAUGUGCCAAAGAUAUGAAGUUUAAUGAUGUUAUUGAUCCUGUAGUACG